AAGAGCUGCCUGGUAACAUAACUGUGGUAAUUACACUGUUUACCAUCUCUGAAGAGGAAGCAAACAGGCCUGCUUAGGCAGUCUGUCCUGUGGGGGUGGGGGGAGCUUUGCAGCUGCUCUGAGACUUGCUACCUUCACUUUCGAUAUUAAUCAGAUCAGUGUCUCAGCUCAGUACAGUAUAUAAGGAGGAGACGUGUCUGUGUCUGUGUGUCAACAGAUCACAGCUGGAGACUGGCCCAUCUGUUCUGCUUCAAUAAAGCUCAGAAGAACUGAAGUGUUUCAGGACUAAAACGAGACGUCCUGAGCGGACCAGGUCAGAGAGGGAGCCAUGUGACACCACCAGCUCCAGCUUGUCACCAAUCUGUUUGAUCAGAAGAUAAAAAGGCUCUUGUCCUGAAUCAGGCUCCACAGAAUUUACAAAGGACUCUCGAGGGUACGACAGGAAGCUCACACUGAGACCGAUACAGCCUUAAAGAAUUUUUAUUAAGAUAAAUGAAGUACUAAUUAAAUGGACAAUUCAUAGCAUCUCUGACGCCAUCCUACAGACCGGCAACCAGGGGGUUCUCCAUAAAUGACUCUCUACAGGCACAGGGAAUGACUGAGGGAGAUUGUGAAAAUGAAAGCUGAGCAGUGCACUGGAGCUGCCAUGGCUGGGUUAGAUGCUAACGAGCUUCCCAAGAUACCUGAAGAGGAUAUGGAAGCACUGAAGGCUGCUGUUGGGGAAGGAAACCUCACUGAAGCAGCUGCUAAAGCGAAAGAGGCUCUGGAGAUGGCUGAUGAAAUCCCUCUCAACAUCGCUGUCACCGGGGAGUCAGGCUCUGGAAAAUCGUCCUUUGUCAAUGCCAUCCGAGGCCUGGAGGAUACAGAUAAAGAUGCUUCUGAGACGGGGGUGAAUGAAAUGACAAUGGAGCCCACUGCUUACCCACAUCCUACAUACCCAAAUGUAAUCGUCUGGGAUCUGCCAGGGAUCGGGACCCCAAAGUUUAAAUCAGACACGUACCUCAAGGACGUGAAGUUCAACCACUACGACUUUUUUAUCAUCAUCUCCUGCACCCGCUUCACAUCCCAUGACAUUCAACUUGCCCAGGAGAUCCAGAGACAGGGGAAGAAGUUUUACUUUGUGCGCUCCAAGGUGGAUGCGGAUUUGACAAAUGAAAAACGACACUAUGACGAGGAGGGAAUCCUGAAGCAAAGGGAUGAUCCCAAAAAAAGGCCAUAUCAUUACAGUGAGAGUGUGAUCCUCAAUAACAUCAGAGAGAAAUCCAUCAAAAGCCUGAAAACAGGAGGAGUGGCCUCCCCACAGGUUUUUCUUCUAAGUAGAUGGGACUUAGGCAAAUACGAUUUUCCCAAAUUGCAGGAAACGCUAGUGGAUGAGCUCCCCAGUCACAAGAGACUCGCUCUUCUACGAUCUCUGUCCAAUGUUUCUAAAGAAACUUUGCAGAAGAAAAAAGAACAACUGAAAACACAGAUAUAUCUGAAAAGUCUGGUGUCGUGCGGAGUCGCUGCUCUUCCUAUCCCGGGUCUCUCCACUGUUUGUGAUAUCGCCAUGCUGGUGACAUCCCUGAAAGAGUACUGCAGGGACUUCGGUCUCAGUGAAAACGCUCUUGCUACACUUGCUAGACAGGCUAACAAGCCUAUGGAAGAACUGAAGGCCGUUAUAAAGUCCCCACUGAGUGAGGAAAUAACAAAAGAUCUUGCAUUUAAGCUACUGACCAAGUACGCAACUGGGGCAGUGAAAUAUUCUACAUAUUUGUUUGGAUUUGUACCUGUGGUAGGUUCUGUGGUAUCUGCAGCAGGUUCUCUCUCUACCACAUACUUCAUGUUGAAGAAUUUCCUGGAUGAUGUUGCUGCUGAUGCUGUACGAGUUCUGGAGGUGACUAUGAAGUGAGACGUUUCAAACUCAGAAAAACAGCACCAAAACACCCGCACCCCCUGAAAGGACGAAGCGUCAGCACGCGGCUGACAGGAUCAAAGUAAAGACCCUGUCCCAGCUGGAGAUCGCAGCUCAAAGCCGUGGGAAGUCUCAUGAAAAUGCUGCCUUUCUGCAUCAGGUGUGAAACUUCACCAUAACUGAGACCUGGUCCACACUACAGCGUUAAAUCGAUUUAAACAGAGUUAAAUCGAUUUAACACUGUAUCUGUCCACACUACAAGGCACUUUAAAUCGAUUUUAAGGGCUCUUAAAAUCGAUUUCUGUACUCCUCCCCAACGAGAGGAGUAACCCUAAAAUCGAUAUUACUAUAUCGAUUUAGGGUUAGUGUGGACGGAAAUCGAAGUUAUUGGUCUCAUUCUUUUACUGAGCUACCCAGAGUGCACUGCUCCAGAAAUCGAUGGUAGCCUAGGACCAUGGACGCACACCACCGAAUUAAUGUGCCCUAGUGUGGACGAGUAAAAUUGAUUUUAUAAAACCUGUUUUAUAAAACCGAUUUUAAUAAUUUUGAUUUUAUUCUGUAGUGUAGACGUGGCCUGAGCUCUGAGCUCUGUUUCCACUGAGAUCUCCCACCCACCGUAACGUACUGAAUUUAAUUCAGCCAUAAAAGGGGGGCGGGGGGAUCCUGACUGACCCUGUUCGUUGUUUUUUCUUUAUUUCACCAGGGAAAAAGGCCAAGUUGUGAUUAAACUCCCCUGGGUCCCCAGUGUCUCAUGCUCUCUGCAGGGAGCUCAGGGAAUGGUUAUUUCAGGCCCCAGCUGAGAGCAGGGCCAUGGCAGAGCCCAUCGAACUCUUCACUGGGAAAUGACAGGGAGCGACACCAACAAUGACUCGUUCUAGCCACAGAUUUUCCACUUCUCAUUUCCCGUUGCCUUGAAAUUGCAGCCUUGGCAGGCGCCACGUUGGACAUGUGGGUAAAUUCACUCAAACACAAUCGUAAAACCCCUAAAUCCCGACAUGACUUGGGUGAUGACCCCCCGAUGCCAACUCCUCCCUUAUCAGUGCAGGGCCCAAGGCAAAUGAAACAGGCUUUUGAGCACAGACGCUUUCGCACUUUCCCCCAGGCUGCCCCUGUCCAGGGAGGAGCUGCCUGUAACCUCCCACAGAGCCCCUGGACUGACCUCCUGCAAACGCCUCCUUCAGCCUCACCCCUGCCAUGGACCCUCCGGAUCCCUCGACAAUGGCCCACAGCUGGAGCUCUGGAAGUGCUGUUCAUUGUGUUAUUUCAACCAUCUACUGUUCCCUUGUGCUCCCCUUCUGCCUGGAGCACCCACCUGCUGGGUCUAGUCUUCGAUUGUCGCUCUUGGGGGCAGGGCCCAUUCUUUUGUUCUGUGUCUGUACAGCACCUAGCGCAACAGGGCCGCCUCCUGACAAGGGUCCUAGGUGUUACUCUGAGACAAUAAUAGAUUAAGAAAUGCUUAGACUGACAUUGUAAUUCUGUCUCUAUGCUCAUCGGUUUAACCAGCCCCUUAGGCAAAGGUAGAUUUGUCCAGGGAAGCACCUGUGUCUGGCUGUGCUAUUAAUCCUGUGAAUGGCCCUAGAUUUAAAUGGAGAAGGCUCAAGAUGUGUCUGGCUGAUAAACCCAUAUUGGAUGCUUGACAAUUACCUGGCUGAUCGGCAGCUGUCACUCAGGGUACGUCUACACUACAGGAUAAAUUCGAAUUAGCUUAAACCGAUUUUAUUAAACAGAUAUUAUAAAGUCUAUUGUGCGCGUCCACACUAGGCAUAUUAAUUUGGUGGAGUGCGUCCAUGGUCCGAGGCUAGCGUCGAUUUCUGGAGCGGUGCACUGUGGGUAGCUACUGUAAAAGAAUGAGGCCAAUAACGUCGAUUUGCGUCCACACUAACCCUAAAUCGAUAUAGUAAAAUAGAUUUUAGUGUUACUCCUCUCGUUUUGUAGGACUACAGAAAUCGAUUUAAAGAGCCCUUUAAAUCGAAAUAAAGAGCAGUGUAAUGUGGACGGGUGCAGCGUUAAAUCGAUUUAACGCUGUUAAAAUCGGUUUAACAGUGUAGUGUGGACCAGGCCUUAUACUCUGAGCUGUUCUCCCAUUCACGGCUGGUGAGUUUGUGCGGAGAGAGGCUUUAGUGUUUAAUGCUGAGUUUAUUUACAUCUAUUGCUCUCCAAUUUGCUGUUCUCAGUGGGAACCUAUUCUGUAGUUUAUUAUAAGAGCCGAUGAUUAAACAAUUCAUUUGAGCAAUUGGAGACUCCGAUACAUUGCAACUAGUUUGACUGUAUGUAUAGCCAGUGCCUCAGCCUCUGCUUUCCCUCAAUAACCCAUUGAUUUGUAGCUUUUGUUUUCCUAAUGAUUAGCGGUCUGGUUCUGCAAUCCUGUCACACCCCAGAAUGGGCCCCUCUUGUCUUGUAGAAAUGAUUUAAUGCUUCAAUUAUAAUAAACUUGCAUUUAAUCUGGA